AUGGCUACCCCUAGUGUCCUCACUUUUGACGCUGAGGGUCGAGCCAUUGACUUUGAGGUCUGGGUCGACGACCUGCAGCUGUUUUUACAGUGCGAUAGGGUGGACGGUCUUUCUCUCUUUGACCUCACCUCUGGUGGCUCUCCUGCCCCUACUACUGACGCUGACCCCACUGUUCGCUCUCAGUGGGCCACCCGCGAUGCUGCUGCACGUCUUGCUGUGCGUCGCCACCUGCCUACCACUGAGCGCGCGCACUUUAGUCAGUACAAGAGUGCUCAGACCUUGUACGACGCUGUAGUCGCGCGCUACUCUUCUCCUGCCACUGCUGCACUGAGCCGCCUCAUGCUACCGUACCUCUUUCCUGACCUUGCUGCCUUUCCCACAGUCGCCGACCUCAUUACGCACCUCCGCACUAGUGACACUCACUACCGCGCCGCACUUCCUGCUGAGUUCUGCGCCAAGAACCCUCCCCCCAUGUACAUCACUCUCUAUUACAUAGUCACACGCCUCCCUGACUCCCUUCGCGUAGUCAGGGACCACUUUCUCUCAGUCUGUCCCACCACUCUCACUGUUGACCUCCUCGAGAAGGCCCUCCUGGCGGCGGAGAAGAGCAUCGUCGCUGUAGGAGCCUCUCGGGGUGACCCUCGCACCCCCAUCUUUGAGGGGUGUUCUCCUUCCCCCCUGCUGCCCUCUGUUGCCUCUGCUGCUGCUGCCGACCUGCUUGGUCUUGAGUCGGUGGAGCUGUCGGGGGCGGUGGAGGUGGCGGUGGAGGCGGCGGAGGGAGUGGGGGUGGCGGUGGGAGUGGUGGCGGGGGCGGUGGUGGUGGUGGCGGCAGCGGAGGCGGAGGCGGUGGGCGGCGGCAGCGGUGGGAGCGGAGGUGGCGGUGGUGGCGGAGGUGGAGGCGGCGGUGGCAGAGGGGGAGGAGCUGGUUGGGGUGGUGCCCCGCAGCGGAGCGGCUCUGGUGGUGGUCAGCGCCAGCAGCAGCAGCAGCAGCAGCGUUCUCGGGACAUCCCCCCGCCUCAGCAGCUCCGUGAGUGGUACGCGCAGCGUCAGCGUGGUGGGGGUUUUGGUCCGUGCACCUACGUCCUUCGUUCCGGCGACCGUGCGGGUGAGCAGUGUGGGGGUGCCCACCCCACCCAGCGCUGCUUUGGCCGCCUGACGGACGCUUGGCGUCAGCAGUUCCCCGAGGCUAGUGAGAUUCCCCGCUGGGGAGAGCUGUGUAGGGCUGGUGUAGCUAUCUUUGAUCUUGACUUUGAUGCUAUCCUUGCUGCCAUGUAUGCUGUGACUAUUAGUGAUGAAGGUGACUGUUACCGGUGUUUCCCGCCCGACCCGGGCAUUGGUACUGCUGCGCUAGGUGCUUGUGAGGCUGCUGCUCUAGGUGCCAGUGCGUCAGCACUCUCAGGUACUGGUGAGGCUGCGCUCUCAUGUACUGCGUUGGCUUCGGCCUCCCUCACCUUCACACUUGACUCAGGGGCUUCUCGCUCCUUUCGAGACCGCACCACACUCACGCCGCUUGGUCGGCCGGUUGCAAUCUCCCUGGCUGACCCCUCUGGGGGCCCUGUCCUCUCUCACUUCUCCACUGUCCUCCCGUGUCCGGCUGCCCCCUCGGGCACCCUGUCUGGUCUGUACCUCCCCUCGUUCUCGACGAACUUGGUGAGUGGUGCUGACCUGCAGGAUGGGGGGGUUCACCAGUUUACUCCUGCGAGUCAGCGGGUGACCCACUUCUCGGACGCCCGCACAGGCCGACACCUGGCCACGUUUUCGCGUCGGACGGGGUCGAGUCUCUACACCCUGACCACUGAGUCUCCUCCUGUCCCUGCGUUUGGCCAGGUAGCUGCGUCGGGUCAGGUGUUUGCUGCUGCGUCCAGGUCUGGUCCUGAGUCUGCCCCCUGCUCGUGUCGCCUCCUGUCUCACGAGACUCUCCUGUGGCACCACCGUCUUGGCCACCCCUCCUUGCCUCGUCUUCGGGGCAUGGCUUCCUGUGUCCUUGUCUCUGGUCUCUCCCGGUCUCUCCCUCCCCUUCCUUCGGGGCCAGGACCUUCUUGUGUCCCCUGUGUCGAGGGGCGGCUCCGGGCUGCCCCUCACUCCUCCCAGUUUCCCCCGACAGAGGCUCCUCUGCAGACGCUUCACAUGGACGUGUGGGGCCCGGCCCGCGUCCGUGGACAGGGUCACGAGCGCUACUUCCUGCUGGUGGUUGACGACUACUCGCGUUACACCACAGUCUUCCCCUUGCGCAGCAAGGGUGAUGUCACUGAGGUGUUGAUCGACUGGAUCCGCGCAGCUCGUCUCCAGCUCAGGAGGAGCUUCGGCUCGAACUUUCCUGUCCUGCGUCUGCACUCUGACCGAGGUGGAGAGUUCUCCUCUGGCCUUUUGCAAGCCUACUGUCGUGCACGAGGCAUCCGCCAGACCUUUACGCUUCCGGACUCUCCACAGCAAAAUGGGAUUGCUGAGCGCCGCAUUGGCAUGGUCAUGGACGUCGCUCGUACGUCCAUGAUGCAUGCGGCUGCCCCCCAUUUUCUGUGGCCGUUUGCGGUUCGGUACGCGGCGCAUCAGAUCAACCUUCACCCCAGGGUCUCCCGGCCGGAGACCUCCCCAGCUCUGCUGUGGACGGGGAAGGUCGGCGAUGCGUCUGCGUUCCGUGUUUGGGGAUCUCGGGCGUUUGUCCGCGACUUGUCUGCGAACAAGCUGUCCCCUCGUGCUGCUCCCUGUGUCUUCCUAGGCUUCCCCCCUUACGCCCCAGGGUGGCAGUUCUACCACCCCUCCUCUCGUCGUGUUCUGUCCUCCCAGGACGUCACGUUCGACGAGUCAGUCCCCUUCUACCGCCUCUUCCCCUACCGCACUGCUUCCCUCCCCCCGCCACCGCACUUCCUUGUGCCAGGUCCCCCCCAGGUAGACCCCCUUCCCCCUCAGGGUCCUGCCCCUUCAGGUGUGUCCCAGGUAGACGCAGUCGAGCCGGUCGAGGUUGCUGGUGACUCUGGUACUGCUGCGGGUGCUGAGCCUGGGGGUGCUGACUCUGGGGAUGCUGCGCGCGUGGGCGCUGAGCCUGGGGGUACUGAGCUUGGGGGUACUGCGACUGGGGGUGCUGAGCCAGGGGGUGCUGAGCCUGGGAGUGCUGAGUCUGGGGGUGCUGAGCCUGGGGGUGCUGCGACUGGGGGUGCUGAGCUUGGGGGUGCUACGUCAGGAGCUGCUGAGCCAGGGGGUGCUGCUGAGCCUGGAGUUGCGGAGCCUGCGGCCACUGGACCUCCCCUUCUGGCGUCUGGCGGUGCGGGGCCUGGAGGCUCUCCGGGUGCUUCGUCUCGGCGGGAGCCACUCUCUCCACAGGAGCUGCGCGAGUGGUUUGCUCACCGCUGGAGGCGUACUGCUGGAGCUGGAGCUUCUUCGGCCGCUGAGGGUACUUGUGCCGCCGGUCCCGGGGCUCCUGGGCCUUCGGGUCCGCCUGGCGCUGGAGCUACUGAGGGUGUUGGUGCUGAGACUGCUGCUACCCUUCCAGGCGCUGGUCCUGCUGCGGGUGCUGCUGGUGCUGCUGGAGGUCCUGCAGCUGGAGGUGCUCUUGGCGCUGGUGCUGCCGCUGAGGGUGCUGGUGCUGUCCCUGCUAUGUCUGGAGUUGCCGAGCGGCCUCGGCCGUACUUCGUUCCGCUCCUGCAGCAGCGUCGUGAGCCUGCGUCUCGUCCCGCGUCGCGUGUUUGUGCUGCUCGCGCUAGUGGUCGCGGUUCGCGUCAGCGUCCUCCUCCUGUCCCUGGCACCCACCGGAUGUCUCUGCGUCCGUCCACUGCUCCUCUGCGUGCCCCUUUGCCUUCUCCUCCUGAGUCCUCUCUUCCUGCACUUGCCGACCCAGAGUCAGACUCUCUCCAUACUGCUAGUCCUACUGUCACGCGUCUCCUUGCUACUGUCGUCACUGACCCCUCUUUUGAGUCCACUGCUGCGUCUGCGCUUGUUGCUGAGGUCAUCGACUUUGCUGCUCGCUGUCGUCUAGACUACGCUGCCAGUCUUGUUGCUGAGUCUGCGUCUGUCUGUCCUCCGUCCGUCGGGGGUGAGUGUGCUCUUGGCACGGACGUCCUUGAGGACAGGCAGGAGGAGUUCCAGUGUCUGGCUGCUGCUUCACCUCAUCUCGCGUCCGUACUACUUGCCCCUGAGGGAGACCCGGAUGCACUUGACAUCCCGACUCCGCGCUCUUACGCGGAGGCCGUAGAGGGUCCCUACUCCUCUCAGUGGCAGGCAGCUAUGGAGGCAGAGAUGGCUUCCUGGAAGUCCACAGGCACCUACGUUGACGCGGUUCCCCCUCCUGGGGCGAACAUCGUCAGUGGCAUGUGGAUCUUCAGGGUGAAGCGGCCGUCGGGCUCUCCACCUGUCUUCAAGGCGCGGUACGUGGCUCGUGGCUUCAGUCAGCGGCAGAGAGUUGACUACUUUCAGACCUUCUCUCCCACCCCGAAGAUGACCACUCUUCCAGUGCUGCUCCACAUAGCCGCUCAACGCGACUACGAGCUCCACUCUCUUGACUUCAGCACUGCUUUCUUGCAGGGUAGCCUGCACGAGGAGAUCUGGCUGCGCCGUCCACCUGGCUUCACUGGGACUUUCCCUCCUGGCACCCAGUGGAGCCUCCGACGGCAAGUCUACGGUCUCCGCCAGGCACCGCGUGAGUGGCACGACACACUAAGGACUACGCUUGCGGCUCUUGGGUUUGCUCCCUCUACUGCUGACCCGUCGUUGUUUCUGCGCACCGACACUUCUUUGCCGCCGUUCUACAUCCUCGUGUACGUUGACGACUUGGUCUUUGCCACAGCGGACACUGCUGGACUCGCCUACGUGAAGUCCGAGCUGCAGAAGAGACACACGUGCACAGACCUGGGUGAACUGCGCAGCCACCUUGGCUUGCAGAUCACUCGGGACAGAGCACGACGCACCAUUACCUUGACUCAGUCACACAUGGUGCAGAAGGUCCUUCAGCGCUUCGGCUUCACGUACUCCUCGCCUCAGGCCACUCCUCUGUCUACUCGCCACUCGCUCUCAGCUCUGCCUUCGGAUGAGUCCGUAGAGUCGAGUGGCCCGUACCCAGAGCUUGUUGGCUGCCUCAUGUACCUGAUGACCUGCACACGACCUGACCUUGCAUACCCUCUUAGCAUUCUUGCACGCUAUGUUGCUCCUGGGAGACACCGACCAGAGCACAUGGCUGCAGCGAAGAGGGUGUUGCGCUACUUGUGCAGUACGUCGGGCAUGGGGCUAGUGCUUGGAGGGCGGAGUCCAGUGGUCCUCACUGGGCACGCGGACGCUUCUUGGGCUGACGACCAGGCUACUCAGCGGUCGUCACAGGGUUACACCUUCAGUCUUGGUUCCGGCUCUGUUUUAUGGCGGGCUACUCGCUCGUCUUCUGUUCUCGGCUCCAGUUGUGAGGCUGAGAUCUACGCCGGGGCCAUGGCUGCUCAGGAGCUUCGCUGGCUCACCUACCUGCUGACUGACCUUGGAGAGCCGCCUCGUUCUCCUCCAGUGCUGUACGUAGACAACAAGGCCAUGCUGGCCUUGUGUCGAGAGCAGCGCUUGGAGCACAGAACGAAGCACAUUGCUCUCCGCUACUUUCUUGCUCAUGAGCUACAGCAGCGUGGUCAGUUGCGACUAGCGUACGUGGCCUCUGAGGCCAAUACUGCUGAUGUUUUCACCAAGGCACUUCCGCCUUGUGAUCAUCAGCGCUUCUGCACUCAGCUGGGACUUGUACAUGUCUUACCUCACUUGCUCACCUCGUGA